UCUCUCUCUCUCACCCUCUCACACACACACACACACACACACACACACACUCACCCUCCCUCCCUCCCUCUCGGGGAUGGAUCCCGCUGCCUGAGGAGCUCGUGUUCCGUCCACGGCCUGUUCCUCCGGCGGCACCAUGUCGUUCCACGGCGCGGGCCGACCGACCGUGUGCGGGGACCUGUUUCCGGGCUCCGAGUUGGGCCACAAGUAUUUCUGCGUGAACUCGUCGUGCGGAGCUCCGUCCACGGGCCUGAGCGCCACGCCGUGCCUCACCGGACCCACCGCGCCGGCCGGGACGCCCCGUCACCCCACUGCCCUCGGGGGCAGCGCCGGCGGCGGAGCAGCGGUGCCGCAGCCCUACAGCAACCCGGCCAGCGAGGUGCCCAGCCCGGCCGAGAUGGAGCCGGACCGACCCAUCGGCUAUGGCGCAUUUGGUGUCGUGUGGUCCGUGACUGAUCCCAGAGACGGACGCAAAGUGGCUCUGAAGAAGAUGCCCAACGUCUUCCAGAACCUGGUCUCCUGUAAGAGGGUCUUCAGAGAGCUGCGCAUGCUCUGCUUCUUCAAACACGACAACGUUUUGUCGGCUCUGGAUAUUUUGCAGCCUCCGCAAAUCGACUGCUUCGAGGAAAUCUACGUGAUCACAGAGCUGAUGCAGAGCGACCUCCACAAAGUGAUCGUGUCUCCUCAGCCUCUCACCACCGACCACAUCAAGGUCUUCCUCUACCAGAUCCUCCGAGGUCUGAAGUAUCUUCACUCUGCUGGGAUCCUGCACAGAGACAUCAAACCUGGCAACCUGCUGGUCAACAGCAACUGUCUGCUGAAGAUCUGUGACUUCGGACUGGCCCGUGUGGAGGAGCCCGACCCGUCGCGUCACAUGACCCAGGAGGUGGUGACUCAGUACUACCGGGCGCCCGAGGUGCUGAUGGGCUGCCGACACUACGGCUCGGCCAUCGACGUCUGGUCCGUGGGCUGCAUCUUCGCCGAGCUGCUGGGACGACGGAUCCUCUUCCAAGCCCAGAGCCCGAUCCAGCAGCUGGACCUGAUCACCGACCUGCUCGGGACCCCGCCCCUGUCGGCCCUGGCCUCAGCCUGUGAAGGAGCCCGGGCCCACAUCCUGAGGGGGCCGCACAAACCGCCGUCGCUGUCCGUCCUCUACAUGUUGUCUGACGGAGCGACCCACGAGGCCGUUCACCUGCUGUGUCGCAUGCUGGUGUUCGACCCGGCGAAGAGGAUCUCCGGCAGCGACGCCCUGUCCCACCCGUACCUGGACGAGGGGCGUCUGCGGUACCACACCUGCAUGUGUCAGUGCUGCUACUCGGUUCCCAGCGGACGAGUUUACACCCGCGACUUCGAGCCGGUGGCCGAGCGUCCGUUCAGCCACAGCUACGAGAACAGUCUGCUGUCGGUGUGGCAGGGCAAAGAGUUGAUCCAUCGCUUCAUCACCGAACAUCAGCAGGGGAAACGAGUCCCGCUCUGCAUCAACCCUCAGAGCGCUGCGUUCAAGACCUUCAUCAGGUCGACGGCGUGGCAUUCGUCCAAGGUGUCCAGGAAGGAGGAGAGAUGAGCGACACUCCUCUUCAGAGGUUUUUUUUAUUUUUCCCUUUUGACUGUGGCAUCCGAAAACACUGAAGACCCCCCCCCACACACAUCCCCCACCCCACCACCUCCUUCAGUCGAACCUCCUCCUGAAAAUCCUCGGAUCAUUUUUUUCCCUUGAAAAAGUUUCCUGAAAAUGAAAACUGGUGAUGACUCUUAACGCUUGAGACGUUUCUGCUGCUGGAAGAGGAAAAGACCUGCUGAGACGUUCGCAGAAGGAGACGUGAACCUCGGUUCUGUUUCACAAAGACGUUUUCAUUUUUUGUAGUUUGUUGAAUAGUAAUAGAGGUUGUUUUUUUUCUUUUUCUUUUUGAAGUCAUUCCAGUUGUGCAAUAUGUUUCACGUAGAAUCACCAGGAACCGACCGGAUCAUCACCACGACGACGUCAAACAAACAUGACAUCAUCACUCACUGUGUUUCCUCCGCUCGCCGCCUCCGGGCGUCACCGCGGUAACAAUGCAACUUUACUGAUGUAGCAAGUUCUGACCUCCGUGACCUUCAGACACGUUCAACACGAGAGAAACAAGUUCAACUUAUCACAGAUAUUUGUUUUAUUUUGAAAAUCAUGACAUGACGUGUGUUUGGCCAAAACUCCGUUGUUCUUCCUCCUCCUCCUCCUCGUCGUCGUGUGAUGACUCCUGGUGAAGCAGCAGCGAAACGAGGGGAAUAUUUUUUUAAUAAUCAAUUUCUAAUUUAUUGUGUUUGUUGACGAGUGAGUCUCCGCCCCCUCGACCUCGGUGACCUCCGACCCUGCAGGAGAACAACUGACCUGAGGUGAAACCCUCUCCCGCCAUUCCUCUGGAUUCUCUCACCUCGUGCUCGCUCCCCGUCUCUCGCCGCCGCGAGGCUUCAGAGACGUUGUCGGUGAAAUGCUGCUGUUUCUUUUCUCUUCCUCUGGUUUGUAGUUUGACUUCCUGUCGGCUCAGGUGUGUCCAGGUGUUUCCUGCUGUAGACGAUGACGUGAACCAUUAUUGAUCCAGGAGGAUCAGGUUUCAGACUCUACACUGUAAGAAGAAAAGGAAAGUGUUGAUGGAUUCAGAAUCUUUUUCCGAGUGACUUCAUUUUUCUGAUCUUUGAUUUCAUGAGAUGGACGAGAAACUUCCGAAGGUCGACUUCUCCCGUCUGGACACAUGAAUCAUAUUCCUCUGGGAUCAGACUUCAAGAGAAAGUCUAGAAUUGAACUGAACAGUUAUUUAUUAUUAAGAUAAUGAUUAAUUGUUCACCAGCAAGUGAAAAAAAUUCUUCAAAAAGGAAGUCAGAUGAAUCACGUCCAUCUGUUCUGAUGAGUGAGACGUUCAGGUCCAUUGGGACGUAAACAUUUGAUCUUUAUUAUACAGUAAUAAUAACAUGUGACGUGAACGAGUCCAUGCUUUGUUUUUAUCAUUUAAAGUUAUCUUGAAGUUCUUUUUAGUUUUCCAAAGUGAUGCGUUCAAGGACGCUCUGACGUUCCAACCUGCUCCAGAUUUACCCAGAAGCUUUUUUUGAAACGUAUUAGUUGAUUUGAUCAGAUCGAUUCUUAUUGACGAACAAGAAGAGAAGUGAGUCUACAACCUGAUGAAGAGCAAACGUGUCCGCCACCAAAUCAACGUCACGUCAGAACAUCUCAAACAGAACAGUUGGUCAGACGCUCUUCAGUUGCAGCUUGACGGUGGAGAAGCUGUGGAUUCAGAUUGACAUUUUUUCUUUUUUAUUUCUUUGGUUGUUGUAGUUGUACUUGCCCUGAUCCCCCAGCAGGGGGGGGGGGGGGGGGGGGGGCUGAGCGUCCCCCCGUCGGCCCCCGACACUUCAGAGAGAAACCGAGACGCCAUCUUGUAAAUCUGCAUGUGUAUAUUUAUUAUCGAGAGCGUUUGGCUUCGACUGCUGUCCGACGGACGAGAACAUUUAAUAAUUCAUCUUUAGUGAUUUUUAUUUUCAUUAGAAGUUUUCAGUUUUUCUCUUCUGGUUGAUUGAGUUUGUCGUGAUGACGAGAGUUUUCCAGACUCUGGAGGUUUUUCCACGUCUGUUAAUAAUAAUGUGUUACCUGAGAUGGAAAAAAACAAAUCGUGUUCUGAUUACUUUAUUAUUUCCACUAAUCAACUGCUUUUUUAAUCCCGUUAUUUAUUUAUUUAUUAUGAAUAUUAGUUUCCGCCUCAACACUCCGACAGUUUCACUCCAUCUCGUACGGACGGUUUCAUAAAUUCAUCUGAGGGGAUUUAAUCACCGAUAUUCACUUAUUGAUCAUCUGGACGUCGCGUCACGUUGAUUUCUCAGUUAUGAUCUGAUGGGACCGGUGACCCGGAUGUUUCUGAUCCGUCGACGAGUCGUCAUAGCGAUGAGAACCUCAACGACUCGUCUGAAGGUUUCUCCUCUGGACUUUAUUUUCUUUAUUUUAAUUUUUUCCUCCCGUUGUCGUUGUGUUCUAGACCUUUUUAAACUAGACGACCCGUCGAUCAGCUGACCGGUGCGUUCGGAGUCUAGACGUUGUCGUGGAGACGGACUGACGGACAGCUGGUCACCUGUAGAGAGUAGACUCGUUUUCUUCUUUGAAAAGAAACUUGAUGUGUUUAUUAAUAUAAAAAUGAAACUGAUGUGUUUUUUUCGUCUUCGUUUUAGCAAAAUAAAACCCUUUUUGUUUUCCCUUUUUUGACUUGUUCCCAACAAAUACUUGAAUUUCUUAAAAAAAAUGUUUAGAGUUAAAGUAGUGAAUGAUGAAUAAAUAAAUGGACACUGGAUAAUA